AUGGUGAAUAUCAAUAGAAUCGUUGCGUUAAUAUGUCAUCCUUCAUUAUUCGUGUCAAAAAAGGAUAAACGGGUAAACGAGAAGGGCAUACUGAAGACAAAUCCAUCUGAAAUUUCGGAUUUCGAUCACGUCCUGAUUACAAGACAAGAGUUGAAACAACGACGACGAAAAUACGGAAUAUGCUCACGCUGCGGUACUCCACUCUCUGACAAAUCGUGGUGUCAACUUUGCGAGGGCGACAAGUUGCAAAAAAUUUUUUUCGAUUGGACGAGCGGCAACCAACAAAUUAACGCCUUUAUACAGUCAAGCCAGAUGAAACCAGUGAACAUGAAUAGCUACUUGUCGUGGAUUCCUUUUGACGAUUUUGUUCAGUUCAAGUACGUGGCAAAUGGAGGUUUCACUGCCGUGUAUUCGGCUCUGUGGGAUCGGUUUGGAACCGGUAGAAUGGCGAAUGUGGUGUUGAAACGGUUGCACCAUGGUCAAAUUUCCAAUCCGGAAUUCUUGAAAGAUCAGAUCUCGAUGUUCAUCUACGCCGCUUCACAAAAUUCCACGAUUGUUCAUUGCUACGGAAUAACACAGCAUCCCACGGAGGGAUACAUGUUGGUGAUGGAGUGCGGAGAAGAAGGUGACAUCCGUACUUAUCUGCGCGUAAACCACCAGAAUUUACUGUGGUCUGACAGGAUAUACCUAUUGAGAGAUGUCGCGAGAGCUCUUAGUCUACUUCAUUCACACGAAUUCGUUCAUGGGGACUUGCACACCGGAAAUAUAUUGAAGAAGGAUCCCAAUCCUUCGUUGCUAAAUCGUUUCGGUCGAACCGGCGGUGGCCACGAACGUGAAUGCAUAGUGGAUUUACCUUUGUGUUACACAUCAAAAGGACUAUUCGGUGUGAUGCCGUAUGUUGCACCCGAAGUCUUCGGCAACGGUUACUACACCAAAGCUUCGGAUGUGUACAGUUUUGGAUUAGUGAUGUGGGAAUUUGCGGUUGGUCAAACACCUUACAACGACUAUGCUCACGACAAGGAUUUGGUGGAGGAUAUAUGUGGAGGUGUGCGUCCAAAAGUUGAUAGAUCCAUACCACAAUUUUACGUAGAUCUAAUGAAGCAGUGUUGGGAUCUGGAACCGCUGAACCGGCCAAGUGCUCAGACGAUAAAGGGGAUAAUCGAGGGAUGGGCAUCGGCGUUGACCAAGACCAUGCUGUCGAAAGAACAUAAGAGUAUUAUUUCGCAAAUUAAGAGCAGCGACGAUGUGGUAAAGAGGAACACCAAACUUCAGUCUAAAAUGCCCGACUUGAUGACCUCCACGCCCGUACCCGCCGUCACCUCAUUUUUCAGUCAGAAUUUGAAAGGUUUUUUGGCAUCUCCUGAGCGAAAUUCGAUCUCCUCCUCUUCUUCAAUGAAAGGUUCCACUCUUUCAUCAAGUAUUACGCAUACAAUCAUGAAAUUUGGAAAGUACAUUAAAGAACGUAUGAAUUUACUUCCUGUGGAUUGGAAGAACAAUUGCAUCGAUUAUGAUGGUCUCAAAGCCGACAUAAAGGCCAACAUCACCCCGUAUAAUUUGAAGCUCGAAUUAUCGCAGAUAACAUGGAAACCACCGAAUGAAGAUCAGGUCGGCUUCAUUCAACUUGUUUUCGAUAGAAUGAGUUCGUUGCAGGUGAAAUCAAGGGAAUUCCUGGAAAAGCUGGAUUCGGAAGUUCAAAAGGUCUCGAAUUUUUUCGUGGUCCAAACCUCUUCUCUUGUAACUCUUUACAAGAAUAAUGAAGCAGUUUACUCCAAUGAACAAGACCUCGCCGACUUAUUACAAUCAACCGUUAAAUUAGAGAAAUUCGUUUUCCUCAAUUACACGGGAUUGGUCAAAAUACUGAAGAAGCAUGAUAAGCACUCUGGAUUAAACUUUAGUAAGGCGUACCUCUAUCGAGUUUCCUCCCUUCCGUUCGCAAGUUCCGAGAAACUCUCGACACUAAAGAAGACCCUGAUGGAAAAACUUGCUUCCGCGUCAACUAUCAAUGGAAACAGUAAAAACACGACAUUUACGAAUGGUACUGCGAAUGCUCUGGCCGCGAACUUGGCAACGUUCUUAAAACCGCAAUUUGCUCCGUCACCGGACAAUUGGUUCCCGCCUUCCGCUUUGCUUCCACAUCAGAAAGUUUUGAUCUCUUUGACAGGUCCUCACGGGACGGACAUCAUUGGAUGUGUGCUAGAUUGCAUGGCCAAGCAUGAUUGUGAAAUUGAGGAUUGCAUGUUAUCCAGAUUAUAUCACAAUGUCACGUUUGGAGUUUUGAUCACCCUUAAAUCAGAUAAUUUCGACUUAUUUCGGGAUCUCUCUGAAGCCGCCAGGAAAUGGGAUGGCUCCCUGUCAUUUGAUAUUCACGGGAAACAGGAUGCUCUGCCAAAGUCAAUUGAGGAUGCGCCGUACGAAAAUCGUGUCAAGUACACGGCCACUGUGUUAAACCAGAAUGGUCUUACGUCCAGAUUUUUAGAUGAUUGGACGAAAUUAUUACUGAGAGAGAAAAUUUCGGUGGAAAAGUUGCAACGGUUAAACGAAGGAAGGUUGUCAUGUGCAGAUUAUAAAUUAUCGGUGCCGGUUGGCACCGAUUUUGAACUACUGAGGCAGGAAUUAUUUCAACUUAGCAUGGGUCACGGAACUGACGUCGCUCUUCAACCCUACGACGUAUUCAGAAAGCACAAGAGGUUGGUUGUGUUCGACAUGGACUCCACUUUGAUACAACAAGAGGUCAUCGAUGAGAUCGCCAGGUUGGCCGGCGUCGUUAACGAAGUGGCGGCAAUCACGGAAUUGGCCAUGAAUGGAGAAAUUGAUUUCAAAGAAUCUCUGAGGAGACGUGUUUCUCUUUUGAAAGGAACGUCGGUGGAUGUGUUGCAAACAGUCAAGGAAAAUCUUGUUUUUACCGAAGGCGCCCAUUUCCUCUGUCAGGCGUUAAAAAAGAUUGGAUUCAAAUUGGCCGUUAUCUCAGGCGGGUUCAUUCCCCUGGCCAGGCAUGUCAAAAAUGAGCUUGGGUUGGAUUACGCUUUUGCCAAUCAAUUGAAGGUUUCCUCGGAUGGCAAAACAUUCACAGGUGAAACCCUCGGACCAAUAAUCGAUGGAGAACGCAAGGCGGAGUUGUUGGAAGUGAUAGCGCAAGCCGAGAACGUGACAUUAGAUCAGGUCAUCGCGGUCGGCGAUGGUGCCAAUGACUUGUGGAUGUUGGCCAAAGCCGGUCUGGGCAUAGCGUUUAAUGCCAAACCACGUGUACAAGAGAAGGUAACAGAAUGUUUCGAAUUGGACCAAGAAAUACGUCGCGAAAAUUAA